AUGAAGUGGCUUGGGAUCCUUGGGCUGCUGGCCCUCUCAGAGUGCAUAGUCAUAAUGCCUCUAACUAAAACAAAGACCAUGCGAGAAGUCCUGAGGGAAAGAAACUUGCUGAACAAUUUCUUGGAGGAACAAGCCAAUAGACUGUCUGAUGAUUCUGCUAGUGACCCCAAAUUAUCUACUCACCCACUGAGGAACGCCCUGGAUAUGGUGUAUGUGGGUAACAUCACGAUUGGAACACCCCCUCAGAAAUUCCAGGUUGUCUUUGACACAGGAUCAUCUGACUUGUGGGUGCCCUCCGUCCUUUGCUCCAACCAAUUCUGUUCUUCACACGUUUUGUUCAGACAUCUUGAGUCUUCCACCUUCCGGCCUACCCAAAAGACCUUCAGCAUCGAAUAUGGUUCUGGAAGGAUGAAGGGAGUUGUUGCUCGUGAUACUGUUCGGAUUGGGGACCUUGUAAGUACUGACCAGCAAUUCGGUCUAAGUCUGGAGCAUUCUGGGUUUAAGGGAAUGCCUUUUGAUGGAGUCUUGGGCUUGAACUACCCCAACUUUUCUUUCACUGGAGGCACCCCCAUCUUUGACAACCUGAAGAAUCAAGGUGCCAUUCCUGAGCCUGUUCUUGCCUUCUACCUGAGCAAAAGCAAGCUGGAGGGCAGUGUGGUGAUGUUUGGUGGGGUGGAUAAAUCCUACUACCAGGGAGCGCUCAACUGGGUACCAUUGAUCCAAGCAGGUGACUGGCGUGUCCACAUGGACCGCAUCUCCAUGAAAAGACAGGUUGUUGCUUGUUCUGGCGGCUGUGAGGCUAUUGUGGACACCGGUACAUCACUGAUCCAUGGCCCAAGAAGACUGAUCAAUAAGAUCCUGAGGUUCAUCGGAGCCAUGCCACGGGGCUCCAAGCACUAUGUUUCAUGUUCUGCGGUCAAUGACCUGCCCUCUAUUAUCUUCACCAUCAACGGCAUCAACUACCCAGUGCCAGCUCAAGCCUACACCAUCAAGGAUUCUACCGGCGACUGCUAUAUCUUCUUUAAACAGAUCCGAGCGAGUAGAUCUACAGAGACCUGGAUCCUGAGUGACAUCUUCCUGAGGCAGUAUUUCUCGGUAUUUGAUCGAGGAAAUGACAGGAUUGGCCUGGCACAGGCACUUCUUCUUUGUUUUCUUUGUCACAUAUUCCGUGAAAGAAUACCUCUAAUGAAAGUGAAGACCGUGAGAAAUAUCCUCAGUGAAAAAAUCAUGCUGAACAAUUUCCUGAAGGAACAUGCUUACAGACUGUCUCAGAUUUCUUCUCGUGGCUCAAAUAUAACUAUCCCCCUGCUGAGGAACAUCAUGGAAAUGGUAUAUGUGGGUAACAUCACCAUUGGAACACCCCCUCAGGAAUUCCAGGUUUUGUUUGACACAGGCUCAUCUGACUUGUGGGUGCCCUCCAUCUUUUGCACCAGCCGAUUCUGUUCUUCACAUGCCUUGUUCAGACAUCUUGAGUCUUCCACCUUCCGGCCUACCCAAGAGACCAUCAGCCUUAUAUAUGGUUCUGGGAGGAUGAAGGGAAUUGUUGCUCUUGACACUGUUCGGAUUGGGGACCUUGUAAGUACUGACCAGCGAUUUGGUCUAAGCGUGGAGCAAUCCGGGUUUGAGGGAUGGCCUUUUGAUGGCGUCUUGGGCUUGAACUACCCCAACUUAUCUUUCACUGGAGGCAUCCCCAUCCUUGACAACCUGAAGAAUCAAGGUGCCAUUUCUGAGCUGGUUUUUGCCUUCUACCUGAGCAAAAGCAAGCCGGAGGGCAGUGUGGUGAUGUUUGGUGGGGUGGAUAAAUCCUACUACCAGGGAGCGCUCAACUGGGUACCAUUGAUCCAAGCAGGCCACUGGCGUGUCCACAUGGACCGCAUCUCCUUGAAAAGACACAUUAUUGCUUGUAAUGGCGGUUGUGAGGCCAUUGUGGACACCGGGACAUCACUCAUACUUGGCCCAGGAAAACUGGUCGAUAACAUCCUGAGGCUCAUCGGCGCCACGCCACGGGGUUCUGAGCACUACGUUUCAUGUUCUGUGGUCAAUACGUUGCCCUCUAUUGACUUCACCAUCAAUGGCAUCAACUACCCACUGCCAGCUCAAGCCUACACCAUGAAGGAUUCUACCGGCGACUGCUACAUCUUCUUUAAACAGAUCCCAGUGAGUAGAUCUACAGAGACCUGGAUCCUGGGUGACGUCUUCCUGAGGCAGUAUUUCUCAGUCUUUGAUCGAGGAAAUGACAGGAUUGGCCUGGCACAGGCAGUGUAA